AUGGCUGAUGCAGUGGUUCAACUUCGCUGCGGUGUCAAGUACGAAAGUUGGGGGAAGAAGGGAAAGAGUUCAGUAGCUGCCCAACUGUGGUCAAAAACACCGGGCAAUGAGGGGAUUGAUGAGUCUAAGACUUACUCAGAGAUGUGGAUGGGAACGUAUCCCUCAAAUCCAUCUUAUCUCCUAUCCACUGGCGAGCAUCUAGGCGAAUAUUUGAAGAAGUACCCCCAGCUGGUGGGCAGAGCGGUUUACGAUCGCUGGGGCUCGGAGAUACCUUACCUACCAAAGAUAUUGUCUGUCUCCAAAGCUCUUCCACUUCAAAUCCAUCCAGACUUGAAACUCUCAGCCGAAUUGCAGAUGCAAGACCCGAAGAGGUACGGCGAUACGAAGCACAGUCCGGAAAUUGCCAUCGCGCUAUCCAAUUUCGAGUUAUUCGCAGGCUGGAAGCCACUUAGUGAGAUCGAGGCUUUGUUCAACCUCAAGCCGCUGGAAAGAUACGUCGCGCCACAAACGAAAUUCGACAACGAGACCCUGCGGCAAGUCUGCAAAUCGCUAUUGAGUGCUGACCAGAACACAGUGGCCGCAACAGUCAAAGAGCUACGGAAUAUCCCAGAAUCCCAGUUUGGUCACGAUUUUUACGUUCCAGUUCUCCUCGACCGACUUAGCAAGCAAUUCGGCGAGCAUGAAAAUGCAAACCUCGUUGCCGCUCUUCUAAUGAACUACAUGGCCCUCGGUCCCGGCGACUCCAUCUUCGUUCCACCCGAUAGUAUCCACGCUUAUCUACAAGGCGACAUUUUGGAAUGCAUGGCCCGAAGCGACCAUGUCAUCACCACGGGCUUUUGUCCCGCCGCCGAGCGUGACAACGUCGAGCUCUUCGGCCAGACGCUAACUUUCAACUCGCACAAUGCUGAAAGCGCUCUACUACCUCGUAGAAAGAGCGACAAGGGCAUGAAUUGCAAGACAGAUGUUUACGCGGCCUCGAUCAGCGAAUUUGCAGUGCUCUGCACUUGUCUGGGCGCAGGAGAGAAGGAGACGCACAAGGCCAUUCUGGGCCUGAGUUUGAUGAUUGUUGUUAAGGGGUGUGGGGCCAUGCAAAUCCCUGGAGACCAGACGAUUGCAUUGAAGGAGGGGUUUGUGUAUUUUGUGGGCCAGGGCGUUGCGUUGGAUUUCUGCACGGACAAGGGACUGGCGGUCUACCGCGCCUAUGCAGAGUAG